UUGGUCUACAAAUAUGUGCAUUAUUUCUUGCACGGAUGUUCAACUUCAAAUGUAUUUAUUCUGUACCUAUUGUAUGCAAGAUACAGCUAGUAACACUCAAAAAGGUUCCCUACAACACAGCAGAAGCGAGUAAGGCAAUACACAAAUGAUUUUCAUACAAGGUACAAUGUCAGUUCCAUUAAAGAAAAAUUAGAACGAGUAGGACCUUACGUUUACCCUUAGAAAUUUGAAUUUUAUUCUGAAUAAAAUAUUCGGGACACGUUAACUGGAUUAAUGCAAUUGACUGUGCUUUUCAAGUGUACUGUAUUUAACUUAUUUGGGACAACUUCUCUCCAAAACUCUCAAUAAAUCUAACUGGGUUUGACAAAUGGAAAUCCAAACCUGAACAAGUAUUCUGAACUCUCUCCCAUGUCUCCUUGUGGAUAACUGCCUGUGUUCACAAAAAAAAAAAGUGGGGGGGGGGGAUCCGCCACAGGGAACACCUGUACAGCCCAAGAACUUAAUGCAGGCGUUUCCAACUCUAUUUUAAGUGGUCCUCUUUCGAAAGUGUCUGCGCUCCGCUCAGUCUCACACUUCUCUUGGGCUGCGAUAUUUCGUCCUUCCGUCCCGAACUGCAGUAGCUGCCAACGCGGGCCACUGGCGCGGGGUCCUGGAACUUCAGAGAAGCCCAGGGCGCGAGGGACACCGAGCUGAAAACGGGAGCCACCACAGACUACCGUCGGACGCCGGAGGGAGUGGAAGUCGUCGGGAUCACUUCGGCAGCACCCGGAUGCCCGGGGGCCGUCGGAGGGGAGUGGUCACGUCGAGACCGAUUUGAAACAAAUUUGUAUUCAUGAAGAGUGACUCUAUACAAACCACAAUAUGUCAAGAAAGAAAAAAAGAUCCAAUAGAAAUGUUUCAUUCUGGACAGCUGGUAAAAAUCUGUGCCCCAAUGGUUCGAUAUUCAAAGUUGGCUUUUAGAACACUAGUGAGAAGAUACUCUUGUGAUCUCUGUUAUACACCAAUGAUAGUUGCUGCUGAUUUUGUCAGAUCUGUAAAAGCCAGAGACAGUGAAUUUACCACCAACCAAGGUGAUUGCCCAUUGAUUGUUCAAUUUGCUGCUAAUGAUGCAAGACUUUUAUCUGAUGCUGCUCGUAUAGUGUGUCCUUAUGCGAAUGGAAUAGACAUUAACUGUGGUUGCCCUCAGAGGUGGGCAAUGGCGGAAGGUUAUGGAGCUUGCUUAAUAAAUAAGCCAGAGCUUGUUCAAGAUAUGGUGAAACAAGUAAGAAAUCAAGUGGAAAACCCCAGAUUUUCAGUCUCUAUUAAAAUAAGGAUCCAUGAUGACCUUACAAGAACUGUAGACUUUUGUCGAAAGGCUGAGGCAACAGGAGUUAACUGGAUUACAGUCCAUGGAAGAACUGUUGAAGAAAGACAUCAGCCACCCCACUAUGAUGCCAUUAAAAUAAUAAAAGAAAACAUGUCUAUACCUGUGAUUGCUAAUGGAGACAUUAGAAGCCUAAAAGAAGCAGAAAAUGUGUGGCAGACUACUGGGACAGAUGGAGUGAUGGUUGCAAGAGGACUUUUAGCAAACCCCGCUAUGUUUGCUGGAUUUGAGGAAACCCCACUGAAAUGCAUCUGGGACUGGGUUGAUAUCGCUCUCGAACUUGGAACUCCUUUUAUGUGUUUCCAUCAACAUUUAAUGUAUAUGAUGGAAAAAAUAACUUCAAGGCAGGAAAAAAGAAUAUUUAAUGCUCUGUCAAGCACAUCAGCAGUUUUAGAUUACCUUACAGACCAUUACGGCAUUUGACUGGACUUUCCAAAUUAUUUUAAUAUAUACUUUAUACCUACAGUGAAAUCAUACAAGGCCAUAUCUUAGUUUUUACUUUAAAUCAGUGGUUCUUAAAGUUCAGUAUAACAAUAAUCCCUGGGAGCAUUUUUUGAAAGUAAGACUUGGACUGCGUCAUCAGACUCUGAUUCAGUGAAUCAGGUGGACUCAGAAAGUUACAGUAUUAAAGAGGAGUCCAAGAACUUGGGGGUGUAGCUCAGUGAUAGAACCCUUGCCUAACAUGGAGAAGGUCCUGGGUUCUAUCCCUAUCACCACCAAAAAAAAUAAACUUUUCUCAAAAACCCAAGUGGUUCAAACAUCCUGGUCAUCCUAGCCAAACGUCAACAAACUACUCUGGAUCUUGUUAUGUAUUGAGGGUGGAAGCAAUGGGGUUAUUUUUUUCCUUUCCUAAAGAAGUCAUGUGUUUAACACUUAAAUAAAGCUUAUUUAAUACUAA